AACGGACCGUCAGAAAUCUGUAAUAUUGUAUGGAGCAAGAGUAAAGAAAUUGCAGAGUCUCAAGUUCGUUUAUCACUCAGCGAACUAAUAACUAAGACAAGUGUCAAGACAGCUAUUGUUGAUGAAAUAGGAAGCCAAAGACUCUUUAUGCUCACAGCCAUAUUUAAAAACGCACCAAGUGAAGAAAAUCAAGAAGUCGGAAAUCAACCUCAUGAUAAUGACGAAAAAGGUGUUAUAUUUAGUGAUUCGAAUGACAAAUUUCAAAGAGCAACGGAAUCAAUGGUCGGGAAAGUCGAAAGAACAGCACUGAUUGUAGAAAACGUCGAUUUGGAGAAAAUUUUUGAAGAUUAUCGUAAUGUGUGUGAAAAUGAUUUUGACUUAUGUCUUAGUGAUAUAAUGGAUCUUAGACCCGCUUCAAAAUUCACAGAAAAAAUAUCUGAAACCGUUUGGGAAAAGUUUAUAUCAAAGACAUAUCCUGAAUACAAAUUAGCUAAAGAGUGGGAAGAGUUAAUAAAAUAUGUUUUCGAACCGAAAGGAUCUUUAAUGGAUUGGAUAAAAGUUUGGCGUGAGCUUCGUGUAAUUUCUAGCGAAAACGAAAGCAAUGAAGACCUUACAAUAAAGGAUAUGAUAUACAAUAUUCUUUCUCCAUAUAUUAAAGCAUUCGAGGCACCAUACAACAUUCUAAAAUCGGGAGAUAUCGAGGAAAAUCAAUUUAAUGCUCAGUUUAUAAACCCGAUACUAAAUAACACACUUAAUUCUAUAUGUAAUGUUGACUGGCGAAUCCUUGAGGUUCCCAUAGAAAGCAGUAAGCACCGACGUAAUAACAAUAUCAAUCCAAUUAUUUAUAAGGUUUUAUCAGCAAAACGUGCUGAUGGUCUAGCUCGCCUCUGGGGAAGUCGUGAGGAAGUUUUUAUAUACGAGCAGUCAGGAGCGCCAGAUUAUAACGAUCUCACUGAUUUGUAUGUUCAUGAUUACAAAUUGACCAGAACCAUGAGAGACAUAUUAAACCAACGAAUAAUUCUAAGACUUAAUGAUGGAACUUUCGAUAACAAUGAUCUUGCAAGCUUUGGUGCCUUAGGCUACUGCACCGAAGUAUCAUUAUUUUGGUGCACAAUGCAUCAAAAAUCAUAUUGCCUACGUGAAUUUGGGAGCUUUAAGGUUCCUCUUCUGUGGGAAGAUCUUCCUGUAUUAUCAGAAGCAAUUGCAAUGUGCUUAAAAUUUUUUUCCUUCAUGAAAGAAAAUACAAAAGAGAGAAAAUUACUUGUUGAUCCAAAACAAAAAUUGUUGGCCAAACGGAAGGUUCAUACAGUGACGCCGAAUCCACCAACUCCUGACAGAACAAAAAAACAAAAUGAUCGAUCAAAAAAACAAAAGAAAUAA